AUGCCGGCACAUCGAACCCGCCUGGCUUUCGAGCCCCUCUCGCCUCUUCUGGACAUUCAUCGGGUGGUUGAAUCUACCCCCAAUUUCGAAUUUGCGAUGGGUAUCACCUGUGACUCAAUUGAGGAAUUUCCGCUCGAAGACUUUGAGAAGCUUGUCCUGUUCCAAGUGGUCCUGAGCGGAAGACCGUUGGUCAUCAGAGGAUUCCAUCAACGUCUUGACGAGGGUAUUUUCUCAGAGAAAUGGCUCCGAGAAAAAUACGCGAAGAAAGUUGAGGAAGUUCGAGAUCUAGUAAAAAAGAAGACGCAGAAUUUCAGUAUGGGCCAUUACCUCGAAAGCCUGUCACUUCUCACUCGGCAGGUGACAGUUCACAACUACACCAACAAAGACGUCCAACGGCUCUACCUCAAGGAUAUCGAUUGCCCUCCCGAGUGGCGCGCUUAUCUUGAGAACCUGUUACCGCCCUCUUUGUUUUAUCUAAACGAAGCACCCAAAGCAUUUGAAGGCCCUGCGUCUGGAAAAACGAAUCUGUCUGGAAUCCCCAAGUCCACCCAGGGCGACCUCAUCGCGCCAGCGGGUGAUUUGAUGAGCAGUCUGCCUACAAAAAUGCGCGCGGAGAAUCUGAUGUGUUAUAUCGGUCAUGAGGGUACGUACACACCAGCACACCAAGAGAUGUGUGCGAGCCUUGGUCACAACAUUAUGGUCGAGGCGUCCGAUGGGUCUCCAGAAAACGGCAAGCCAACGGAACCGGGAUCGUCAAUUUGGCUCAUGACAGAAACCAAAGAUCGGCGAAUUGUUUCUGAAUACUGGAUGUCCGUUCUUGGUCAUGAUAUUGACAUCGAGGAUUUCUUUGCUCCCUUGCAUGCAUGGGAGAUCGCACCAUUCAAGACCUGGGUGGUAGAGCAGAAGCCCGGUGACCUUAUUCUUGUACCCCCACUUGCUGCACACCAGGUUUGGAACCGUGGCACCCGGACAAUGAAAGUUGCCUGGAAUCGCACUACUGUUGACACGCUUGAGCUGGCUCUGCGUGAAGCUUUACCGCAUGCACGAAUGGUCUGUCGUGAUGAACAAUAUAAGAAUAAAGCUAUUGUUUACUUUACUCUUGAGCGGUAUUCAAAAUUGUUGCGGCAAGCAAAAAAAGUUGACCAUCCGGUGGUAGUUCAACUGUGGGACGAUUUCAAACGACUGUUCAAUAUGUACAAGGACAUUUUGUUGUCUGAAUCCUUCUCACAAAAGAAGCCGGAGAAGAACGUCGAAUACCACGAGUUUCAAAGCAACGUCACCUGCUCAUUUUGCCGAUGCAACAUUUUUAACAGGUUUCUUACCUGUCCCGGUUGUGCAGAUGCUCUUGGCGGCGACGAGGACCCUUAUGAUAUAUGCAUGGAUUGCUACGUCAUGGGUAGAAGCUGUGCCUGUGUUUCCAACCUCAAGUGGAUGGAACAAUUUCGAUGGAAGCAGUUGACAGACCAGUAUGAAUCAUGGCGGCGACUGAUUAUUUCCUCCGAUGAGAACAACAAUGAUUUGAAGGCUCAGUUCCCCACUUUCAUUGUUGCCCGAGGAAAGGCAGGGAAAAAGUCUGUGGCGGAGAUCUGUCAAGAGCAACUGGUGCGGCGCCCCUGGAACGACCCUAGAAAGCCCAAGCCCCUGGUAGACCAUGCGCUUGAGGAUGCCGGUAGUGAAUCCGAAGGCAACAGUCGGUCCAAAAAGCGCCGCAAAGUGCGGCAGUCUCUCAUGACCAAAUCAGAUGACGUCCACCGCUGUCACGUUUGCCUGCAUUUCGAAGUGAACUGGAAGCUCGCGCCAUGCUCAAACUGUGACCAGCGUUACUGUUACGGCAGUUUGUUCCGCGCUUUUGAAAUAUCCCCCCAGCAGGCCAUGGAAAAGCAUCACUGGCUCUGCCCAAAAUGCCGCAAGGAAUGCAGCUGCGGUGCCUGCCAGCGUGACCCAUCCAUGAAACCAUAUGAGCCUAACUGUACCAUUCUGGGCCAUGACACCAGUAAGGUUGCCGAUCCCCGCAGCAUCGAGACCUUGGUGGAUUUCCGGAAAUCGAAUCUGUGGUGGUUGAAGAAAUUUGGCGAUGAUGUUCAUGGACGCAUUCAAAAACGCCAGAAGGAAGCCGAGGAAGCUGAAUUAGAGCGCCAGAAGACCCUCGAAGACCAGGGUUUCAGCUUUGAGUCAAGUCCGUUCGACCAGCCUGCACAGAAUGAUAACGGGAACGGUCUGGACUUUGAUGAAGACGACGGGGGCAUCCCCGUUGAUCCAUCGUUGAUGGUCCAGGGCUCUGUUACGAGCGGGGGCACUUGA